AUGGCCUCGGACGCCUCGGCCGUCAAGAUCGUGAACAAUAUGCAGGAGUACAAAGCAGCGGCAGAUGUCAAGUCGAAGCUCGUUGUAGCCUAUCACACAGCCAAGUGGUGUGGACCAUGUCAGAGGAUUUGGCCCGAGAAUCUUGCGGCGAAGUACGGAGACAAAGUUUCCUUCCUGAAGGUCGACGUGGACGAAGCAGACGAUGUGGCGGCAAGCAAUUCGAUAAGAGCUGUUCCUACUUUCAUCCUCUUGAAGGAUGGAGGGAAGGUGGAGGAGCUGGUGGGAGCCUCGUCUGCCGCUCUCGUUGCAUCCAUCGACAAGCAUGUCAAGUGA